ACACCAACCCUCCCACUCCCCCCAACCCCUUCUCUCCCACCACUGUAAUGAUGGACAAACGGUCUACCAGUACUAGUAGUGGUUGUCUCGCUGCAUCUCUACAAGAGACGAGCACGACCGUUCCGAGUAAGAUCUCAGUUAAUGAAAAUAAUGGCUGCUCUCAAAGUGAAAAAUUAAACAUUAAAUCAGUUUGCGAGAAAGGUGGAAAAAUGUGGAGGCCACAGUUAGGACGUGCAAGGAAACUCGCCGAAGAUCCUCUUUGUUUAGAAUUGCAGAAUCCGGAGGCGCUGAGCAGCACCUAUGGUGCGGAAGACGUAGAUAAGAUGGAGAAUGAUGACGAAACAGAUUUUGAUAAUUAUUCAGACUGUGACAUGAGUGACUCUGAUUUCCUGCCGCUUGAGCCCAGACGGUCACCGCAGCUCUCCGAGUGCGGUCCUCAGCUGUUUACUGAGAAAGAGGACUGGGAGAAAGAAAUUGACGAAGCUUAUCCCUACGAUGAGGACGAUUUAGAGAUAUUCUUCCGAGCAGGGUGUUCCCAAGUACAGCCCAUUUUUCAAGAUGAGAAGAUUUACAACCCCAGCUGUGAUCACGCUCCCUCAUUAACAACCGGUGUUAUAGAAAUCCCUUUAGUCCAGGGACAGUUCGAAGACGCUGAUGAAAAGUAGAAGCCAUUUAUAUUUUUGACAUUCAUUUCUUGGAUGUUUCAUAGUGUUAUAAUAAAAUGGACUUAAUGUUUAAAGUCUGCUACUCACCUUUUUUGCUCUGUGGUUUGCCACGAUGAUCACUAUUUAGA